AGGUGAGCGAAGGAUUUCAACAUGUGGAUGUUUUGCAAACCUGACUGUUUGUAGGACUUUUCAACUCUAAAACUGAAGCUUUGAUAGUUGCAGAGGAAAAAUACAACAACAAAGUCUACAACGAUGAGCCUGGACAGCAUCAGUACAGAAUCUGAGGUUUCAGAAGAUGAGUUGGAAGAUUGCUCUUUGGAUCAAGAUGAAGACUGUGGAAAAAACCACCCAGGAAAACAUCGUUCAGAAUCAUCAGGCCCAAGUGACACAGAUGAUUCAAAAGCAGUGAAAAGACGUACUCGACCCAAACGGUCCAAAGCACGAAGAGCCGCCGCCAAUAUCCGAGAACGGAAGCGAAUCCUGGAUUACAACCAGGCCUUCAACGCAUUACGAACUGUCCUCAAACAUGACCUGAGCGGAAAGCGUCUAUCCAAAAUCGCAACUCUCCGUCGUGCCAUCCACCGCAUUUCAACAUUAUCUUUAUAUCUACAAACACAUUCAUCCACAGAACCACACACACCUCAGUGCACCCAUACAGAAUGUUUCCGGCUACCAGAAGACAGUAGUUCCCUUCCCAGGAAGACAGGAACUUUCCAGGAACCAAUGGAGAACUACAUUCCCCAUCAGCCAGAGCUCACAGCCUCUCCAGAAAUUCCUGGGAUUGUGUACCAAGACAUAUCAAACUUGGCACCAUCACCACGUUAUGGCCACUGUGCAGCCAACAGUGAGGAACACUUGAAUCACGGACAUUUCGUUCACCAAUGGGACGACCAAAGCAGUGGUGGAUACUACACUGGAUUCCAAGAGGGGACGAGAGUCUCCUGUCAUCAGAACCACAUGGACACCUAUUCAGACUCUGUGAACCCGUCUUUGGCUUGGCAGUUGGGUUACCUUCAAUGUCAUGGAUAUCAGCAUACCCUGAGUAUGCACUGAGUAACGUUUAUCAUCUUAGAUUUGUGUUGAAAACCAUUAGUAGGGAAUGUUUGGAUACAUUAUGUCAGGUAAAACAGUAUACUGUAUAUUACAGCAAAUGCCUGGUUAAAAAAAAAACACAAUGUUUGUCUUUUGUACAUUGUAAAUAUUGUUAUUGUAAAUGUAAGAUGUGAGAUAAUGUGACAAAAAUAGGUCUAAAUAAUUUUGUUGUUGUCUAAGGGUUUUUGUUACCACAUUCAUACCUUUUUAAAUAUGCACAGCCUCCCAAA